CACGGUAUGGCCGAGUGAACUGGGGCCGUCUAUACGCAUCACUGAAUUUCCAGAUAUGGGUUCAUCUACGCCAAGGAAGCCAAAUAUCGCAGGCCUAGCUUAGAGAAUGCUCGAGGUUGUAUAUAACUAAAAGAAGAAAAUGAAACACGUGACUAUACUUAUAUUUUAUGAAAGUGAAAAAAUACUAUGAAGUUUUAAAACAAUACAAAAGAAGGCAUAUAAGAUUGGCACUGCCAACGACUUGAUAACUUUUUUUUUGAAGCAUUUUGCACAAAAAGCCCAAAACGAGGAAGUUAGUACUGUGAUCUAAUUCCCUUUGACUUAAAAGUCUUUUAUUAGACAAGAUUCUUUGCACGACGAUCACUCUACGAUCACCAGGUUUCUUCAUAGUUACGGCUCUAAGACUUCUUGGUCAAUGUGGCCCUUGUGGCCUUCCAUUUUCAAGCGGCCACUACCACUCGUUCGUUCAAAUUAAUCCCACUAAAGGCAUUCAUAGCCAAUAGCUUUAAUAGAUUUAAAGUCCCACGCAAAUGUUUGUGCUUUUCAUGAAAAACACGGUUACACGGUUGGCUAUUUUGAAUCGUCACAAAUCAUACAGAUAGUAAUGAUGCGUGACAUUUAAUUAAAAGCAUUACCGUGAGAGAAAAAAUUACCAAAUUGCUGAAGAUGGUAUCGUACCUGUUGUGGAUCGCUGAUUACAAUUCCAUCGAAUAACUAGUAACGCUGUAGCCAAUUUUUGUUCAGUUUCAUUCAGAGACCCUGCUGAUCAACAUGCGUUCUGUUAGCGUGUAUUAUAUGCUAGCUGUUGCUUUCCUAAUUUCUACUCCAGUCGCCAACGCAGUAGGAAGAAGAAGUAAGGAGCUAGUGAUAGAGAAAGCGAAAACGUGUCAAACCAAUAAAACCGAUUCGUUUUUGAUCAAAUUUACCGUUCCGGCCAACUUCUCUUCGAGCAACAACGUGGUACAUUUUUAUGGGAACUUUUCCGUGUUGCAACAGAUUAGACCGCCGCUGGAGAUCACGCUGAUAGCCUAUCGUUGUACGCUCGAUUUGCAAAAUUGUCAGCGUUACAAUGCGUUGCAAGUUCCAAAAAUUUGUUCCUUCCUAUCCGACACCAACUCCUUCUGGUCACCGUUUGUGCGAAGCAUCCAUCCAACAGUGAAAUGUCCAAUACAGCCGGCAACAUACGUCUUUAAGGAUGCAGAAUUGGAUUUAAGCUUUUUCACCAGCUUUCCAUUGGAUGGGUACACCUGGCAAGUGACGAUGAAAUUGUACUCCACCGCCAGUACACCGAAGAAGGAGGUUUUCUGUUUUGCUGCUCAAGCAACUUUGAAGAGAGUGCGAAGUCCUUAAGCAAAGGUUUGGAUAAUAUAAGCGUACGUAGUAAUCUGUACUGCAUCUGUGUGAGAGUGGAGUAAAAAUGGAUUUAUGUACGGUCGUAAAAGGUUUUGUGUAAUUGUAUGGAAAAAGAGUUGAUAAUAUUUAAAACUCAGACGAGCAAUGAGAGAAAUUUUGAAUAGUCGAGUUUUUAUCAUACCAAUGACUUCCUAUGGUGGCCUUAUCAUCAUACAAUUUUAAUCAACGAGUUGCAGUAACUGCCCAAA